AUGUUCUCCGAACUCCAGUUCUUCGCAAUUGGCUCCUUCCCUUCUAUGGACUACUUGGAGUUUGCUCAAAACUACACCUCGGUCGACCUCGACGCCUUCCCUGAGGACGUCGCCGAGGCCCUGGAACAAGAGGUCGACGCACUCACCCGAGUGCUCGGCUAUAUCAAGGCCGGCUUGGCCCAAGAGUGCGCGGCCGAUCUCGAGGCAGCGGAGCGCAAGUUCAACAGGCUCCGAUCUCUUCACGUCCUCGACGGCAUCGACAUCGUCGUCCUACGCACCCUUCAAGAGGAGGCCGAUUCGGCGUCUGAAUAUGAGGAAAGCAUCUGCUCGUACUCGGAGGACGAAGAGGAGGACCUUCCCACCCCUCUUUCCACGUCUGCGUCGUCUCCGCGCAUGACUUGCUCCGAGUCUCAACUUCAGGCCGCCAUCGCCUCCGAGCCUUCAUUCGAUUAUAUGGAGGCCGCCGAGGAGUACGCGAAAGUCUACGGGGAUGAAUUCAAGGAGUUCGUCAGACAAGCCCUGGUGAGGGCCGGCCGCCUCUAA